CAUACACCAGACACCACCACUCAAGCAGCCAUGUCCAAGUCAUUCACGGCAGAACAAGUCAAGCAGCACAACACAGAGAAGGACAUCUACAUCAUCGUCGACGAUGGCGUGUAUGACAUGUCUUCCUUCCUAGACAACCACCCAGGUGGCAAGAAGAUUGUCCUCAAGGUCGCUGGACAGGAUGCAUCCAAGCAAUUCUGGAAGUACCACAACAAGGCUAUUCUCAACAAGUACAAGCCCAAGCUGCAGGUCGGUACCAUUGGUGGCGGUGGCGAGACUGCCCCUGCAAAGAAGAGCGAGGCCAAGAAGGUCAUUGACUCCGCUGUUCCCUCUAAUGUUAACGGUGUCGCCGUUCCAUCCGUCAAAGCUUCAUCUCCGGUUCAGGAUGCACCUGCCGAGAAGGAUUUCUUUGGUGACAUGGUUCCCUACGCCGAUCCAUCCUGGUACCAAGGCUGGGCCUCUCCCUACUACAAGGAGUCCCACAAGAGACUUCGCGAGGAAGUCCGUGAGUGGGUGGAAGCAGAGAUUAUGCCCAACUGCCAUGAAUGGGAUGAGGCAAAGUCCAUGCCUGAGUCCGUCUACCGACAAAUGGGCGAACGUGGAUACCUGUGCGGAGCCAUUGGUUUGAAAUUCCCAAAGGAGUACACUGACAUUCGCGUCAAAUCCGUCUCCCCCGAAGAAUGGGACCACUUCCACGAGCUCAUCUUGACUGACGAGUUGGCUCGUUGCGGUUCCGGUGGUGUGGUUUGGAAUUUGCUCGGUGGCUACGGUAUUGGUUUGCCACCUCUCUUCAAAUUCGGCCAAGCAGCUCUUAAGAAGCGUGUUAUCCCAGACAUCAUUGCCGGCAAGAAGCGCAUCUGUCUCGCCAUUACUGAACCCGAUGCAGGUUCUGACGUUGCCAACCUGACUUGUUCGGCAAAGUUGUCACCAGAUGGCAAGCACUACAUUGUCAAUGGUGAGAAGAAGUGGAUCACAAACGGUCUUCUUGCAGACUACUUUACAACUGCCGUGCGUACUGGCGGUGACGGCAUGAAGGGUGUUUCCUUGCUCUGCAUUGAAAAGACAAUGCCCGGCAUCACCUGCAAGCAGAUGAAGUGCAUGGGUGUCUGGUCUUCUGCCACCACUUACAUCACCUUUGAGGACGUCAAAGUCCCAGUCGAGAACCUCAUUGGCAAGGAAAACGAGGGCUUCAAGGCCAUCAUGCAAAACUUCAACCACGAACGUAUCGGCAUCAUCAUCCAGUCCAACCGAUUCGCCCGUGUCUGCUACGAAGAGGCAUUCAAGUACUCCCUCAAGCGCAAGACCUUUGGCCAGCGUCUCUUUGACCACGGUGUCAUCAACAUGAAGCUCGCUCAGAUGGGCCGUCAGCUCGAAGCCGCACACGCUAAACUCGAGGAAGUCAUCUACCAGACACAAGUCAUGGGUGACACGGAAGCCAUGCUCAUGCUCGGUGGUGCCGUUGCCGGUCUCAAAGCACAGUCGACACUCAUGUUUGAGUACUGCGCUCGUGAAGCUGCUCAGAUCUUUGGUGGUCUGUCCUACACCCGUGGCGGACAAGGUGAAAAAGUCGAGCGUCUCUACCGUGACGUGCGAGCAUAUGCCAUCCCCGGUGGUUCUGAGGAAAUCAUGCUUAAUCUGUCCAUCAAGCAAGGUACAAAAGUCAACCAGGCAUUGGGUCUCAAGCUUUAAGCUAUCAAUUCAUGCGUUUUCUUCUUUACAGG